UGCCCCCCUCCUCUGCCAUACAUUAUGAACGCAGCCUAAAUAUUUUGAUUUCAAUUCACAAGCUUUUUAUCAAAAAUGACUUUAACUGUACAUUUCUAGCUCUAUCGCUGUGUGUUUCAAAAUCCAGCAACUUAUUUUAACAUCACCUUUAGGCCAUUAGAGAAUAAGGUAAACUGUUCAACUCAAGUAUCCCCGUGUAUCCUACCCCAGAGUCGUGUCAUUUAUCAAUUUGGGCUUCCUGUGGAUUUUUGCUGGCGCAGGUAAGCAAACCAGCGGUAUUCAUAGAAGCGCGGGAAAUAAGAAAGAGAACAAAAUGGCGGAGUGACCAUUGUUAGAAUCAACAUAUUUGUUGUUCUUUGAAGUACAAUUUGUACAUAAUUAUAAAGAUCGGGCUCAACAAAAUAAUAGAGAAAAAUGGUGCAGAUUGUGAUGACAAUGGAUACAGCAGUCCAAGAAUGGAUCGUAAUAGAACUCCAAGGUGCUUUAGAGACAAGAGAUGARGUUAGCCUGGAGGGCAGACACAUUGGCGAUUUACAUUUUGACAGCAUGGGUAUUCCACAGUUAAUCAUUGGCCAUCAUCUUCUUACUGGCAAAAUAGUAAAUCUGGACAAACCCUAUGCAGUCAUGAAGAGAAGCACUUCUAUUGAACCAAUGGAGAUUGAAAUAGAUGCAGGAAAUAGUAGAAAACAAACAGAAUAUGACAUUGUAGCUCUUGUUAAAAGGAAAAUUGUCUUUAAGAAUAGACCCAAGCCUAUAAUUAUUAAAACAGAGCCAAUAAGAAAUUAGAAAAUUAGGUAUUAGUAUCAGCAGACUUUUUCAUGGUUUUACACAGUGCAAUUACUGCAAUUUUCACAAACAUGCGAACUCUUUGUCUCUGAGUUGCACGCUCAAACAAGUCAAAAAUAUGAAAGGUACCAACUGAUUAGGUUUGAUUGACGACAGCGAAAAACCGCAGCAGAUGCACCGUUCACAUGUUUUGGAAAAUCGCAGUAACCUACAAGUAAAUUUAUAAAAUAACUGUUAUGAAUGUCACUUUCUGAUUGGUUUGGAGCAUGUGCUUUAUGAGAGCACAUUGCAUGCGCGUGCACUUUCCGUUGCGUCAUUCCUACCUAUUAUGGUAAUUUGUAUUUUAUAAAAGAAAUAGAAAACGUGCGUGUGUGCUGUGUGCCGUCAUAAAGCACUUGGGGGUUGGCAUUUCUUCAUUAGACCUCCCUUUAACAAAUCAAACAGCUUUUGCCGGCGCUUCCUAAGUGCUUUAUUACUGAACGAAGCAUGGAAAAAAUUGUUUUGUUUUAUCAUUAAGUUAAUGUUAUUUCGGUAUUGAAUUUAUUUACACAAAAAGAAAGUCGGUCGAAGGA